GAUUGGUAUGCUAAAAUGUUGUCGUCUAUUGAAGCCAAAUCGGAAUAUGUUAUUUCUGCAAGUAAAUAUCAGAAGGAGAACUGUCCUUCGUCUUUGGGUUCAGUUAGGUUUAUAAAUCAUUUCAUUACCGAAAAUUCAUUAAACGUCAUAGAGAAACUUUUAAAAGAAUAUUUCGCCGACGAAAUUAAACAGAAACCAAGAGUGUGCGUCGUGGGUUUACACGCUUGUGCCGAUUUGAGUGUAACUAUGUUGGAUAUUUUUUCUAAGAUGAGUUACUUUGGUGUUUUGGCAAUAAUGCCCUGCUGUUAUCAUCGAUUAAAACAAAAAACGAACGGAGAAUUUUUUAAUUUUCCUGUGAGCAACGUUCUCAAAAUGUUGGGUACAUUGUACAACGGAGAAGAGUUUUUAAAAGUGCCUUUUUUACGACUGGCCUGUCAACAAACCAUCGAAAAAUUUAAAAGUUUACCAUUGGCCGAAAGACAAAAGCAGUCGAAAUCUUGGAUGCUAAGGGCGAUAUUACAAUUUAUUGCCAAGGAAGGUAAAUUGGAGUCCUAAUAAUGGUUGUCAUUUAUUUCUUUUAUUUGUUUUUUUAAGAAAUUAGAGUAUGAUUAAGAACAUCGCUGAUCAUUACUGUAAUUUAUGUGCAUUCCUUAUUAUAAAAUUUCUUAAUGAAUUCGUCUAUUUUUGAGGGUAAAUCAGUCAGGGGUGCUCUAUGCGAGAAAUAAACUUCCCUUUCAAAAUAAAAACAUUGUUAAAUACACAAUUUAGAUAUUGAUU